AUGUCUAAUCGCAAAACCCCCGAGGCGCAUUAUAAUUGGUUCUGUAACUCCAUCGAAAGAUUAGUUAACGGCAAAGAUGACAAAGAAAAGGCCUCUAUUCUUAACGAAAUUCACAAUGAGCUUGAAAACUUGAAAAAUGUGUUAAAAAUUCCAAAAAAACCAAAAGCGGUUGGAAAUUUCCCAACUCCUCUUUAUCCUAAAACCGAGUCUGAGAUAGAAAAGAUCGUCCAGGACGCAUACAACAAGGGAGAUACGAUUAUUAGAGUCAUUGGAUCUGGGCAUUCUGUUAAAGAUGCAAUUUUGGAUAUUCCACCUGGGAAAAAAGUUAAACUUCUCUCAUUGAAGGAAUUUCAUGGCGUUGUAAAAAUUGACCAAGAGAAUAAAACCGUCACCGUCAAAGCUGGGACUCAUUUAAAUCGUGACCCACGAGACAAAAGUUCCACGGUUGAGAACAGUUUGAAUUAUAUUAUCGACCAAGCUGGAUAUGCUCUUCCUGAUCUUGGUGGUAUUGCACAUCAAACCGUUGGCGGAUUUCUUUCAACGGGAUCGUCUGGCGGAUCAUUGACAUAUGGUCUUGAGGAUUCGAUCAUUGGCAUUCGUAUAGUCAACGGCAAAGGGAAGAUAGAAGAUUUGACCAGCUCGGAUUCCAAAUUCUUUGCUGCCGGAGUCUCAAUGGGAUUGCUUGGAAUAAUCACCCAGGUUACUUUUAAACUUAUUCCAAAAUAUUAUAUUUAUGGAAACCAAGUUUGCGCUGUGAUCACUCCUUUGAACCCUGAUUAUCAAGAAGGCUGUCCGAUCGAUCUUAUUGGUGAUGGCACUCCAACUGUACCUAACCUACACAAAUUUUUCACUCAAGGUACCGAUUAUGAUGCAGAAUACUCUCGUAUACUCUGGUGGCCGCAGGAGGGGGUUAAUCGGUUGGUUAUUUGGAAGGCAAAAAGAACAAGCAUUAAUGAUACUCAAGGAUAUACUAAACCAACUUCACCAUACAAAGAAUUUCCGGAGAUUGGUGGUUCUACCACUAAUACACAAAUUAUUGCCAGUAUAGUUUUCAUAGUUUUGAACAUAAUUAGUUAUUGUGAUGAUGAAUGGUACAAGAAGCUUGCAGCAUAUUUAUUGAGUUUUUUCAACGGGGUUAUACUUCAAUCUUUUCAGGAUACAUGGUAUAACGGUUUACCGAUGGAUGAUAAGGUCUCAGAUAUACUUAUCCCAACCAUCUUUACUGAAUUAUGGUUUCCAAUCGGGUUGACCCAGAAGCUCAUGAAGAAGUUGAACGAACUUUACGAAAAGGGCGGAAAUCGGGUUGUGGGCAACAAUGCAACUGAACUUUACACUGCAAGAAAGAGUUUAUUCUGGUUAAGUCCAUCAUACGAACAAGAUGUUGUUCGUAUUGAUCCCUUCUAUUUUGAAUGGAAUCCAAUCGGUACUCCUGAAGAAUUUUUCAACCAAUAUUGGACGUUAUUUAAGGACGAUGAGUUUCGUUGUCAUUGGGGCAAGUAUGUUCCAGACGAUUAUUGGAAGAACGUGCCAAAAUUAUAUACCAAGUAUGACGAAUGGAUGAGUGUCAGGGCCGAGAUGGAUCCCAAACAAGUAAAUAUACAUUUAUGCUAA